AUGGAUGAUGAGCAGCUGGCAGCAGCCCCGUCAGAGGAGGCCUGCCCUGCAGUACUGCCAAGGCAGAGGACGGUCCUCAGGCCCGCCGAGGGACAAAUGUUCAGAGGCAAGAAUCGGGAAAGGGUGGGGAACAUUAUACAAUGUGCCUUAAUCACAAGAGUUAAUUACAACCACGCUGGAAAGCACACUGUUCUGUUACUGAAGCUGCAGCAGGAAAAUACCAACUUCACUGGUUCCUGCCAGACCCGCUUCAUAUCGCACUGGACAAGUGAAGAUUUGCAGUGUCAGCGGGAUGGGGAGAAGCUGCGCAUGGGCCGGCACCCCUCCACAGCAGCCAUCUCUGCUCCAGGGGCUGCUUUUCUCGAUGAAUUAAUGGCGCUGCUUGUAAUUGUCAGCCUUGGAGUGCUUUGCUGUUUGGUUGUAAUUUUGCGGCUACGAGCCAAAUCCAAUGCCUGUAACCCCUGGGUGGCGUGCCGUGGGGCUCGCCUCCGUGCCGAGCCCGGGCCGAGAUUUUCCAGCAAACAGAUACCCAAGGAAGUGGCUGACAUUUUUAAUGCCCCCAGUGACAAUGAAGAUUUUGUGGGGUUCCAAGAUGAUGCUUCCAGACAGAGGUUGUUGUCAGAGGACGGCUCUGCUAGCUUUGGUUCCACGGAGUCAGGAAAAAAGGGGGUUCGAUUUCAGCCCAGAUACCUCACUGAAGAACUGCAGAGGAUUUUCACUGAAGACACUGACUCUGAAACGGAAGCGUUUGAAGGCUUCGCGUCAAGUGAGGUGGAUGUGAACAAGAAAGGAGUUCUGGCAAUGGAGUCGGCCUUGAGUGAUGAAGAACGCAAUAAUUUAUUGGGUAGUGAGGAAGAAGAGGAGGAAGAGGUGAAGAAGAAAGUUUCCCCCAAGAGAAGAAGCUUUGGCCUUCGUGUUGCCUUGCAGUUUCCCACCAGAAGGUCGUCAGAGAAAAGUGUGCCUGAACAGGCCUUUUCUAACUUACCUCUAAAGAACAGUGAAUCCCUCGCACCUCUUUCAAAUGAAGUAAGCUGCAAGCGGUGGGACGAGCUAGAGGGCUCUGCUUCAGAGUCUGAAGAAGACAUUAAAGAAACACAGGAGGAAAGUUCCAGUGCUCUGCUUAAGAGAGCCAUGAAUAUUAAAGAAAAUAAAGCCAUGCUUGCCCGGUUGCUGGCGGAACUGAAUUCCAUACCGGACCCGUUCCCAGUGAAAAUGCCCACCUCGACUCCUUCGAAACAGAGGAAAAUCCCGCGGAGGACAUUUUCUGAAGGCCAGAUAGAACGUCGCAUGAACCCAACCAGAAAUGCUCGUCCACCACAAAAAUUUGCCUUGGAAAAAUUUACUGUGUCGGCUGUCAAAUUUGCAGAACAAUUCCGUAGCUACAGACAGCAAAACCUCUUGAAGAAGAGACUCAGUGUGCAGGGGAAUUGUGGAGUGCGCAAAAGGAGGAGGAGAUCAUCAAAGUAUUCAUCUCAGCGUCCAGUAGAGGAUAUUACUGAGGAGGACUUGGACAACAUUGCAAUCACUGUUAAAGACAAAAUCUAUGACAAAGUUCUAGGUAGUACUUGCCACCAGUGUCGACAAAAGACACUUGAUACAAAGACAAUCUGUCGCAGCCAGAACUGUGGAGGAGUAAGGGGGCAGUUCUGUGGCCCAUGUCUUCGAAAUCGAUACGGGGAAGAUGUGAAAUCAGCACUGCUUGAUCGAGCCUGGAUCUGCCCUCCGUGUCGCGGGGUGUGCAACUGCAGCUACUGCCGCAGGCAGGACGGGCGCUGUGCCACGGGCAUGCUCAUCCACUUGGCCAAGUUCUACGGCUACGACAACGUAAAGGAGUACCUGGAAAGUUUACAAAAACAACUGGCAGAUGACAAUUGAGAACGCUGAACUCAAGCUGUGCCUGCAACUGGGUGAUAUGUUGACAAGUUUUGACUUCAAAAGGUUGUUAUUAUGUUUUAUAUAAGAUAGAAUAGUAGAUUAUAGUAUAUGCAUUUCUGUGUUGGGAACUUUUUGAUUGAUGUGGUCUUAUGCAAAAGAUCUCUCAGGAAAAUGUUUUGGUAGAGAAAUCUACAUGCACAGACCUUAUACCUUAAGUGAAAUGGCACUCUUGAACCUCGAGUUGUUAAUUUUUUAGUAGAGCUACGCAACCACAUGAUGGAGAACUUGGUCAAUUUAAGCAAUAUGUUUAUUUAUAUAAUUGUACAAGUUUGCAGAAAGGGUGUUUAACAACUACCUGUCAAGCAUACCGUUUACAAAAAAAAACCCA